CUAAUAAGUGACAUUAAUUAGUUCAGCGCCAACGUGUUUCUCCACAAAAUGAUCGGACAGAAAACAAUUCACUCGUUUUUUACGCCUGUGUCGAAAAAGAGGAUUUCUAAGGAUUUAAAUGAAGCCGAGGAGGAUGCAAAAGACCCGAAGAAGCGGAAGUCCUCGGCGCCGGAGGGAGCCGGUCCGCCGCAGCCGUGCAGCCCUCCACUGUCCCCGGAUCAACUGGAGAGGAUCGCCCGCAACAAGAGAGCCGCGCUGGAGAGACUCGCUUCCGCUCAAACGCCUCCAGGUUUCGGGCAGAGCUGGAGAAACGGACUGUCGGUGGAGUUUGGAAAGCCCUAUUUUAAACAAUUGAUGGGUUUUGUUGCCGAUGAGAGGAAACGCCACACCGUGUAUCCUCCUGCUGAGCAUGUCUUCACCUGGACGCAGAUGUGUGACAUCCGGGAUGUCAAAGUGGUGAUUCUUGGCCAGGAUCCGUAUCACGGUCCUAACCAAGCUCACGGGUUGUGUUUCAGUGUCAAAAAACCAGUGCCUCCUCCACCCAGUUUGGAGAACAUGUACAAAGAACUGGUCUCGGACAUUGACGGCUUUCAGCACCCAGGACACGGAGACCUGACUGGGUGGGCCGAACAAGGUGUGUUGUUGCUCAACGCCGUGUUGACCGUGCGAGCGCACCAGGCAAACUCCCACAAGGACAAAGGCUGGGAGACGUUCACCGACGCCGUGGUGCAGUGGCUCAGCAACAACUUGGAAGGCCUCGUCUUCAUGCUGUGGGGAGCGUAUGCCCAGAAGAAAGGAGCCGCCAUUAACAGAAAACGCCACCACGUCCUGCAGGCUGUGCAUCCCUCCCCGCUGUCCGCCCAUCGAGGGUUUUUUGGGUGCAAGCAUUUCUCCAAGGCCAACGAGCUGCUUGAGCAAUCUGGGAAGUCUCCCGUAAACUGGAAGGCACUUUAAGUUGUUACGUAUGCUGGUUAACUACAGACCCACCCAUAAGCUCUUCUCCGUUUUCCUGUUCUAGCAUCCCGAAUGUGCAGAGAUUCUUUAUGAAAGAGGUCGUGUCGGCUUCACGCUGUACACUGCUGACAGUUGUGAUACAUAUCUUUAUCAUCUGCACUCAUUUUCAACACUGUAAAUAUGUUUGUGUCUGGUUUUUUUUGUUUUUUUACUUUUUUUUGUUAGUGAACAUUUGGUUCUAUUAAAGUGGUUCCAAAAAGUGCACGUUGUGUAUUAAUGUUUGCUGACGUCCUCAGAUAUACCGCUGUUCCUGUGCUCCACUGCAGAGUUUCAGGACCACUUUGUCAUCAGGUUUUGUGAAUUUGAGCCUCAGCAAAAAGUAAUUAAAUAAAUUACAAGGAAAAGAAAUUAAUCAAUUAUGUUUUAUUUGGUUUAAAACUCUCUAUACUUUGAUCUGUGGGACUACUUAUUAACAUAUUAAGAGUUAAAUGUAUAACUGUGUCUCUUAAACAAUUAUUGGUUGUUUUUAUGAUUUAUUUUAUCCAACAACCUUUUAACGCUUUUAUUUGAUUUAUGAGGCCGGUCCCUGCUGCUGAACAUGAAGUGACUUAUUAAUGUUUCAACGCUGCUUUUUAGUCAUGUUGUUGGUGAACCGGUCGACUAUAUGAGACCCUUUCUUGACAAUAAGACAAUAAUAGGACGUUAUUAAAUACAAUCCAGAAAUGUCUCACUUUGGUAACAUUAAGACUUGAGAGUUGUGGGACUUCUGUAUGUUACCAGCAUGUAAAACAGUUCAAUGUUCUAUUAUACAAAGUGUAAUGUUAAAUUUAUGGUAUUCUGGAAAUGAUGAGGUUAAUAUAAUUUUACAUUGUAUUAAUAAAGUUAUAUAUACCGUAUGCACACAUAAUCAUAA